AUGGCUGUUUCUCCUUUGAUCCCUCCACCUCCACAUGAAGCAAAGGUUACCGAUACACCAAAAAAGACGGAAGUAAAUAGCACAGAGCGUUUACUGCACAAUCAGAACACGAUUCCUUUCUUUCAUUCUACUAAUGAACGCGAGGUUACCGAACAGUUAAAUGAUGAUGUAAGGCACAAGUAUAUCAAAGAUAAAAGGCUUGGUGAAGGUACCUAUGCUGUUGUGUUCCUCGGUCAUCUUCGAACAGACCCGUCGUCGUUCGUUGCUAUAAAGAAGAUAAAGGUCAAUGCUGAAUACAAAGAUGGCCUUUCUAUGGACGCCAUCCGAGAAGUAAAAUAUUUGCAAGAGCUUUCGCACCCCAACAUAAUCGCUCUGCAUGACGUCUUUUCAUCGAAAGAUCAAAAUCUCAAUCUUGUUCUCGAAUAUCUACCCCGAGGCGACCUCGAGAUGUUGAUCAAGGAUACUGAUAUCCAUUACGGUGCUGCUGACGUCAAGGCUUGGAUGGGAAUGCUCGCCAGAGGAGUGUGGUUCUGUCAUGAGAAUUUCGUAUUGCACCGCGAUAUCAAGCCAAAUAACCUUCUUAUUGCGGCGGACGGGGAGGUGAAACUGGCGGAUUUUGGUCUAGCUCGGUCGUUUGCUGAUCCUUACUUGAAUAUGACACACCAGGUUAUUACACGAUGGUAUCGCCCUCCGGAGCUGCUCUUCGGUGCUCGGCAAUACUCGGGUGUUGUUGACGUCUGGUCCAUGGGCAUGGUUUUCGCGGAACUUCUAUUGCGAGUUCCGUUCAUUGUGGGAAACACCGACCUUGAUCAAAUUGCGAAGAUAUGUGAAGCCUUCGGAACCCCGACUGAGGACAACUGGCCUGGUGUAACCAGACUCCCCAAUUAUCUCCCGGCUGAUGCCAAUCAUACUCUACCUGUUCAAGGCCGUGAUUUUUUUCUUAGGCAAUUUCCGACAGCUGGUCCAGUUGGUGCGGAUCUGCUCAUGUCCAUGUGCACCCUUGACCCUAAGAAGCGAAGCACGGCGUGCCAAGUUCUGCAACACGGCUGGUGGUCCAGCGAGCCGAAGCCAACCGACAAGAAAAACCUUCCUCGUAAAACGGAUGGCAUUAAGAAGAUGGGCGCCGACCUGACCAGGCGAGGUGGGGACUUUGAUGAUAAUACAACAUUCAAGAAUGCGGCUCGACAGUUAAAAUUUACCGUGGCCAGAGACUAG